CUCUCCUUCACCCUUCCAACCCACUUCCCUUGCUGCUGAGGUUAUAUCUGUUGUUCUUGUCGUUUCAAUUGUCUCUCCUUCUUUCUUUUCCCUCAAUCAAUCCUUCAAGCUUGCAAGCUCUUGACACGUUUGUGCGACACACUGCACCUCAGACCUUCUUUUAACCAGACAAGGCUAGCCCUUCGUCUAUUCUCCUUCUUACUCACUAGAGCUACGCUCGUGGUCACUCUUUCACCAACCAGGACGUUCAUUCGCUGAAUCCUGCACAAAAACAACCCCCGGCGGGAAUAUCACAUUAUCCAAAUCCUUGUCUAUCUCGUCUAUCUCAAGUACCUCAGGCGAAACCCUUAUCUGCAUCAGCAAAAAUUCCCCACGAUCAACAUGGUUUCCAGCAUCCUGUCCCUCGUGCUCCUAGCCACUGCCGUCUCGGCUCAUCCCAAACGACACCAUCACUGGCAUGGCCAUGGCACCGGUACCGGCGGAGUCGCUGCUCCUACAGGCGGCACAUACUCCAUGAAUGGAACGUCUCAGACCAACGGCACGGACUUCGGAGGCUCUGCAGUUGAGUCCCCAACCACAGCUGUCAAGACUGUCACCGUGAGUCCGAUCCCCCUGGAGUCAUCCGUAGAUGCUGCCGGCAGUUCUUUCUCGAGCGUCCCUGUUGCCAAUGCAGCUGUAUCCAAUACUGCAGUAGCACCUGUAUCUGGAAGCACCAGCUCCUCUUCCUGCACCAGCAGCUUGACUUCUACCAUCACCACUACUACUGUCCAAUUUGUUACCGUUACUUCAACUCCAGAUGUCAGUGCCGUUACUGACGAAUCUGGUAAGGCUGCCGCUAUCCCAUCAAGCUCAUCCACCACUUCAGCCGAGUCCAGUGGAUUGGAAGAUCUUUCUGGAUCCUCAACCUCCAUCAGCCUUGUGUCGGGAACAGCAACCGCUGCCGCAUUCUAUGGCAGACCAUCAAAUGGAGGUGGAUAUUCCUUCUCCGACUCUGGGGCAUCGUCCUCAGCUGCCGGUGUAUCAUCCAUAUUGUCCGUCAUCCCCACCACCUUCGCAACCAUCUCCGGCUCUGCUUCGGCCUCGAGCGCUGCCAGUGCUACCAUGGCAUCUUCCUCCUCUACCGCUAGCUCCAGCCCCAGCACUGGCGGUUCAAUCAGUGGCAAGAAGGGCUUGUCAUACAAUACGGCAUCCUUGACCAAUGCUUUCGCCGGCAAGGGUAUCUCCUGGGCCUACAACUGGGGCAACGCUCCGGAUGGCAGUAUCGUCGAUGGUGCAGAGUACGUCGCCAUGCUCUGGGGUCUCGAUGCCGUCGAUGAAUGGUCUAGCGCUGCUUCCUCGGCUAUUUCUAGCGGCACCAAGCACCUGUUGAGCUUCAACGAGCCUGACCUCAGCACACAAUCCAACAUCGACCCCCAGACCGCCGCUACCAACCACAUCAAGUACAUGAAUCCAUUUGCUGGCCAAGCCGAGAUUGGAUCUCCGGCCAUCACCAACGGUGCCGGCACAAGUCCAUUGAUGGGCAUCGACUGGCUCAAUGAAUUCUUCAGCGCCUGUGGAGGCAACUGCAAGGUCGACUUCGUGGCCUUCCACUGGUACUCUGAUGCCAGCCAGAUCGAUUACUUCAAGCAGCACGUGCAAGACGUCAUCAACGCUGCUGCCCAGAACGGUGUCAACAAGGUCUGGUUGACCGAAUUUGGAGCUUCUGGCUCUGACGAUGAUGUUGCCAGCUUCCUCAGCGAAGCUACAUCCUUCCUUGACUCGACCAGCGCGGUUGAGGGAUACGCAUACUUCAUGUGCAGCGACGGCAUCCUGGUAAACGGAAACUCGAUCUCCAGCCCAAUCGGCACGGCUUACGCUUGAGUGGGCUCAGGUUGACGAUAACGAUUCUUCAUCUUGGAACCACACGUGGCAUGCUUAUGGCAGCCCAGAAUUCUUGCACAAUUCUUUAAGGAUAUACGGAACCAUUUAGGGUGCAGUGACCAGGACUCAAGAAAACAAUAGACCAGCUCGUGUUGAAACACGCAUUUGUUGUAAAAUGGGCACGACCAAAUUUGACGGAUUUGACGAGGAUAUGAUAUCAUCUGGCUCAUUGGCGUAACUUCUGUCUUCCAACACGAGAGAAACAAAAUACAAUCUUGCCUUUCUUCUGCAACUUCUGUUGUUUGGUUCUACCUUCACUUUCUCUAUGAAAGAGCAUCGAACUGUGAGGGCAUAAGGUCCGUCGUUGCGUGUCAUCUACUCUGCCGAGUCAAUCAUGUCAAUGCCAUAUCUCUUUCUCAUGCGAAGACCUUCCCUGUCAUCACCUCUGGAUACAAACCUCUGAUCCAUGUUAUCUUCGACAUGUUCGACGUCGUCAUCCCACCAAUCCAAUUUGUACCUUCGCUGCUGACUUCUCGGGAGCUGAUGAUCGUCUGCUUCCCAGUCGCUACCAGACUGACACAGUUGACUUCCAGCAAGCAAGGCCGCCCUCCCAAAAAUUGUGCAUGGGUUAUAAGGAACAAGGUCGACUAGCCGGCUCAAUUGCCAAGCGAGAGCUCCGAACAAAGUCAUCAAUCCAAGAAGAAUCUGUAGCGCGAGCUUCGCAUCACGGUGCUGCACCAGUCUCGAUGUCUGAGAAGCAUUCAGAAUCGUACCCUGAUGCAUUGUAGGGCUAGGGAUCGAAGCAGCUGAAGCGUUCGGCACUCGCAUAUUGUUCGAGAUCGCUUGAGCCAUGUACCUACGGUAAAAGGCGUUGAUACCUUUCAUCAUGGUAUCUGCUUGAUCUUGUCCUACGAGUGCAGUUUCCGGAAGAGGCGUCUGUCCGAAGAGAACCCCUUGGAAGAAACUGUCUACUGGCGUGUCAGCAAGGUUCGCAGAUGGGUAUCUGCUUUGGUUGAAGAGAGAAAGUGAUUGGUCCAUGUGUUGUUGGAUCCUGUAUGGGAACGUAGUGUCACCGGCCUCGCUACUGGGCAAAAGCUCAACGGUGCUUUCAUCGGGUAUAGGUGGCUUCGAAGUCAGGAUCGUCAUUUCCGGUAGGCCGAAAAGGACUGUCGUUU